CGACACAUUUUCCGAACAACCUUAUUCAUCAUCGAACUCUUAUGUCAGCACCGAUGGGUAACUUAACCAAACAUUGAGGAAUGACGUUUUGUUAGAAUGAAAGACAAACGUCAGAAACAUCCACGUUAAAAUUUCAAACGGUCGACUAAUUUCGACUAAUGAAUGCCCCAAAACAACAUAUCGCACAAGGCAUCGGGGUCACGUGAGUGACUGGCCACUACUACGUGGAGUGUUUGGUUUUUCGCCGGGUGAAAUGUUCUGCACUGUGCAUUCGGUUGGUGAAGUAUUACUAGAAACAUCAUCCUAGCCUGCACAAAAUGUCCAGUAACUGUGAGUCUAUAAAGGUUGUGGUCCGUUGUCGUCCUAUGAAUGAGAAGGAACGAGCGGCCACAUUUGCGAGUGUGGUCUCAGUUGACGUGAAGUUGGGACAAAUUAUUGUGAGGAACCCUAGGGAUUCUUCAACCUCAAAAGUUUUCACAUUUGAUUCGGUCUACGACUGGAAGUCAAAGCAAAUGGAGCUCUACGAUGAAAGCUUUAGGCCCCUUGUGGAUUCAGUUCUUCAAGGAUUUAAUGGAACCAUUUUUGCAUAUGGACAAACAGGCACGGGGAAAACAUACACCAUGGAGGGUGUGAGAAACAACCCAGAGCGGAGAGGAGUUAUCCCCAACUCUUUUGACCACAUCUUCGGUCACAUUUCAAGAUCUCAGAAUCAGCAGUACCUGGUGAGAGCAUCAUAUCUGGAAAUUUAUCAAGAGGAAAUGAGAGAUUUACUUUCCAGGGACCAAUCACGUCCUCUUGAGCUGAGAGAGAGGCCGGACACAGGUGUUUAUGUUAAAAAUCUGUCAUCAUUUGUCACUCGGAGUAAAGAGGAGAUUGAAAAUGUUAUGAAUGUCGGCAAUCAGAAUCGUUCAGUGGGCGCCACGAACAUGAAUGAACACAGCUCUCGCUCUCACGCCAUCUUUGUAAUCACUGUGGAAUGCAGUGAACUGAAGGUGGAUGGCGAGAACCAUAUCCGAGUUGGCAAACUCAAUCUGGUCGAUCUAGCUGGUAGUGAAAGGCAAACCAAGACAGGAGCUCAGGGGGAGAGGCUGAAAGAAGCGACUAAAAUCAAUCUGUCACUUUCUGCAUUGGGGAAUGUCAUAUCAGCUCUGGUGGAUGGCAGGAGCAGCCAUAUCCCUUACAGAGAUUCUAAACUGACACGCCUUUUACAGGACUCUCUUGGGGGCAAUGCCCGCACUGUCAUGGUUGCCAACAUUGGCCCAGCAUCUUACAAUGUUGAAGAGACUUUAACGACGCUGCAGUAUUCCAACAGAGCGAAGAACAUCCAGAAUACACCAUGCGUCAAUGAGGACCCCAAAGAUGCCCAGCUUAGGAGGUUUCAGGAGGAGAUUGCGAGGCUGAAGGAACAGCUGGAGAAACGUACAGGAAAGAAAAACAAGAGGCAAAGGAGGAGGGCUUCGGAUUGUAGCAAAAAUGAUGAUCAGGAAGAGAGUGAUGACGAGGACAACAAAGAUGAUUAUUGGAGGGAGCAGACAGAGAAAUUGGAAAGAGAGAAGAGAGCUAUCAUGGAGGAUCACAGCCUGGUGGCUGAGGAAAAAGCUCAACUCCUUCAGGAGAAGGAGAGGAAAAUGCAAGACCUGAAGAAGGAGCAGAAAGAGGGAGAGCUACUGGCAGCCAAAAUUAAGACAAUGGAGAGUAAACUUCUAGUUGGGGGGAAGAACAUUGUGGAUCACACCAACGAACAGCAGAGGAUGCUCGAGCAGAAAAGACAAGAAAUUGCUGAGCAGAAAUGGAGAGAGCGAGAGAUGCGACAACAGAUGGAGUGUCAAGAUGAAGAGACUCUUGAAUUAAAGGGGACCUACAGUUCACUGCAGCAGGAAGUUGAUAUUAAAACCAAGAAAGUGAAUAAGUUGUUUGCCAAACUGGAGGCGGUAAAGGCAGAAAUCCAUGACAUACAGGAGGCACACAUCAGUUCACGGCAGGAAUUGGAACAGACCCAGAAUGAACUGACCAAGGAUCUUAAACUCAAGUGUCUGCUGAUAGACAAUUUUAUUCCGUUGGAAGACAAGAACAAAGUUGUCAACAGGGCUUAUUUUGACGAGAAAGAUGAAUGCUGGAAUAUGAGGCCCAUUACGCGUAUUGAGGAUGAUCGUGAGAUGCUGAGCAGGCCUCAGUCAGCUGUUGGUUUCAGACGACCUCUCAGUCAUCAUGCUCGCAUGGCCAUGAUGAUUAGUCUUGACAUGAGAUACAAAGCUGAAAACCUCCUGUUGCUGGACAUGGACCUUCCAUCUCGGACCACCAAAAACUAUCAGCAGCCAGUCAUUGCUCCAAAGGUUGUGGCAGCUCUGAAGGAUGCUCUUAAGGAUGAGGAGGAUCUUGAGGUUGAUGCGUCUGAAUUUAAUGAUUGCUUUGCAUCACUAACCAGUGCCAGUGGCAGUCUGAGGAAACGAAAGUCGGGUCGGUCAAGAACAGACAAGCAGUCCCGCACCGCUUCAUGCAGCCCUCAUAAUCUUACAUCCCCAAUUUAUCCACAAUCCCGUGGGCUGGUGCCCAAGUGAAAGGUGCGAUCAGAGCACAUUUUGGGGACUGAAAUUUGUGCCAGCAGAGACUGAAAUUUAUGCACAUGAAUAAUAUGUGUGAGCCAUUUAGCAAUCAUGUACAAGAUUGUUUUCUUAGAAUGUGUAAACAUGCUUGAACAUUCUCUGUGAAUGUCUUGUGUUGAGUUACAUUGCUUAACGCUGUAACUGCCACAUACAUUUGAACUAUGUACUAUAAUAUAGUAAAAUAAUUCACUUGUAAAUUUUACAUGAUUUUUCAUAGAUGUAUUUGUAAUAAAACAA